UCCUUGGCAGCAGAAAGAUCAUGUGAUUUGAGCGAGCAACAUAAAUUUUGGCUGGUCGCUCACUCAAGCGAGUCGCUCGUUUACACGAAGCAGUACGGAGCAAGCAAACACCAUACAGAAGCAGGACACCAUGGUCAACUACAAAGGAACACGGUCAAAAGGAUUCGCCUCUCUCCUCGUAGUAUUAUGUCUGUUUGCACUUGUUCAGGUCGCGCUGGCAGCAAACCCGAUUAGUUUUUGCAAAUGCAUCUGCGGACAAGAAAAGACGAUCACAGCCCUGCCAAGAGAUACACAACAUCCGAUUUUCGGAGGAUCGUCCAAAGCCUGUCUAGCAUGCACAAAGCAAUACUGUCUGGAUAAUAAGCCUGAUAUGUGCAAGGGAGUCGGAACAGGAGAGGGCGACGAAUUGAUCACGACUUGUUUCGAACGUGAUUCGUACAAAGACCAGUUUAUCGUGUAUCUGUUCUUGACGAUAACAUUCGGUCUCUUGGGGUUUGCAACUCUGCAGCCCUUCCUCAAGGGUCUCUGGCAGCGCCGGCAGCAGCACGCCUAUACAUCAAUGCCCAUGUAGAAUCAUCCAUAUAACACAACAUAUCCUUCCAAACAGACUCCGCGGACAUUUCUAAUGUGAACCAACUCAAUAAACAUCAUGUACAG